AUGAUUGAACCACCUGUUACCGAAGAGGAAGACAUAGUGGGUUGCUCCUUUCUCCUGAAUCUGGGGGAUGCCUUUAAUGGGGUUGAAGUCAUUGAAGAGCAGCUUAGAACAAGGAAGGAUUACCAAGAAAUUUCUAGCAUCAUGAAUGUGGGGAUGACUUAUAGCUUGUUAUAUAGUUCAGCAAUUGAGUGUGAAGGUCCUAUGGAAAGGAGGGAGCUGCUACUGAGGAAGUUUAAAGAAAAGCACAUACCACCUAGUACUGAUGAAAUAAACAAAUUUGACAAGGUACAGUCUACCUUUUGGAGAGAAUGGAAACUGAAAUUAGAAGACCAAAAGCGCGUUGCAGAUUGCUGUAGAGCAUUAGAGAAAAUAAUCCCCGGCGUUGACACUGCACGCUUUUUGUCUCGGGACUUUAAUUACAUUCGAAGUGUUGUUUUUCCCCUGAUUGAUUCAGUAAAGUUAGAGAAGAAGCACAUUUUGAAGGACGUUUUAAAAUUAGCUGAUGAUUAUGUCUUGAACCAUGCAGAGGUCUUUCUACGUUAUCUGAGUUCUGUCCUUGUUUCUGAGGUUUGGACCAAUGAUGAUAUUACUUACGAAAUUUCAGAAUUUAAAGGAGAAAUAGUUGGCUAUGCUAUAGAAACCAUCAAAGCUGUCUCCUCCAAUGUAUACCCUGCAAUUGAUGGACGCAACAAGUUGCGUCUUGCUUACAUGUUUGGUCUGCUCUCUGACUGCUACUUGCAACUGGAAGAAAGCAGAAAAGAAUUACCAAUUAUACACCCUGAUCAAGAGCAUCUAUCUGGUUUUGGAUUAUCUCGUUUUUACAAGUUAAUGGAGCAAGAGUGCAAAAGAGUUUCGUUUCUUGCGAACCUAAAUUUCAAAAAUAUUGCUGGCUUAGGUGGUUUAAACUUAAAGUGCUUAAGCCAUGAAGUCUACAUGCACAUAUAUGAAGGUAGCUUGGAAGCCUUGGCAACGAUGGGUCUCAUAACGUGGCAAGAUGUCUACAAGCAUCAUGUUUUGAGUUUGUUGACACCUUUGGAGGCUAAAGCCGGAACUGAUUCGAUCAUCAAAAGCACUGAGGACCUUCAAUGCUUCAUAUGUCAACUUGAGCAGAGCUAUGAAUAUUGCAGAAAGUAUAUUCUACUCUUGGUGCGUGUAGAUUCUUUGAACAUUAUGAAGCGGUAUUUCACCAUUAUUGUACCUCUUUUGGGUUCUUAUGGGACUCUACCCGAUAACUCAUCUUGGCAAGAAUGUCUUAUAAUUCUCUUGAAUUUUUGGAUAAGAUUGAUUGAUGAGAUGAAGGACAUUGCAUCUCAUGAGGAAGCCGGAGAAAAUCUCAGGCUGAAUCUGGAUUGCUUAGCGUGUUGUCUAAAGAUUUUCAUGAGGUUGGUAAUAGAAGACACUGUCUCGCCAAGUCAGGGCUGGGGUACAAUUGUCAGCUUUGUCAGUCAUGGUUUAAUUGGCGACUGUGCUUCUGAACCAUAUAUGUUCUGUAGAUCCAUGAUUUUUUCUGGUUGUGGGUUUGGAGCAGUGGCUGAAGUAUUUUCUCAAGCAGUAUUAGGGGGUCCCACUGGUUCCACUUUGGCAGGUGACACUGAAGUCCAGGAACUUCCCCUUCUCUACUUAAAUAUUUUGGAACACAUUUUAAAGGAUGUGGUUGUCCGUGAGUGGCAGGACUAUGAGAACUUGUAUAAGCUUUUAUCAUCUUUGAGUAAAUUAGAAGGUGAUCUAGAGGAUUUGGAUAAGGUCAGGCAUUUAGUUUGGGAAAGAAUGGCCAAGUUCUCAGAUAACCUGCAGCUACCAGGGUCAGUUCGAGUUUAUACUUUAGAGCUUAUGCAAUUCCUCACUGGUAAAAGUAUCAAGGGUUUGUCUGCCAGUAUACAAUCUAGUGUUAUGCCGUGGGAAGGAUGGGACGAGGUGCAUUUUAUGAGUAACAAAAGUGAAACUACUGAUCGGGGGUUGGUUGAUCAUAAUGAUACACCUAACAGGUUUACAAGUACAUUAGUUGCCCUCAAGUCAUCACAGCUUGUGGCAACCAUAUCACCCACCUUGGAAAUUACUUCCGAUGAUCUCUUGAAUCUAGAGACAGCUGUUUCUUGCUUCCUAAAGCUGUGUGAUGUUGCUGAAUCAUAUUCCCAUGUUGGUUCUUUGCUUGCCAUGUUAGGAGAGUGGGAAGGAUUUUUCUUGGUGAGGGAAGAUAAGAAACCCUCUGUAGAAUCUUCUGAUGCUGGAAAUGACUGGAAUGAAAACUGGGACGAAGGAUGGGAGAGUUUCCAGGAAUUAGAACCUCCUGUUAAAGAAAAGGAGAGUUCCUUUUCCAUUCACCCUUUGCACGCAUGUUGGUUGGGGAUUUUCAAAAAACUUGUAAUGCUCUCCCAGUUUAAAGAUGUUUUAAGACUGAUUGAUCAGUCCUUGCUUAAAUCUAAUGGGAUAUUGCUUGAUGAAGAUGGUGCGAGGAGCUUGAGCCAGAUUGUUCUUGAAAGAGAUUGUUUCACGGCUUUAAAGCUGGUGCUACUACUGCCUUUUGAAAUGCUACAGUUGCAGUGUUUGGCUGCUGUUGAAGACAAGUUGAAGCAAGGAGGCAUCUCCGACUCGAUUGGUGGGGACCAUGAGUUAUUAAUGCUAGUAUUAUUCUCUGGGGUUUGGCCCACUAUCAUCUCCAAUUCUUCCUAUGGUAACACGUUAUCUUUUAUCUGCUAUUUGGUCGGCAACUUAUCCCACAAGUUUCAAGCAUCUCAGUUACAAAAGGAGAGGCUUGUUCAGAAAGGAAAGGGUGGGUGCGAAGAAGAAAAUGAGAGUUGGUUGUUGGUUUUUAGAAGAAUACUCUUCCCCUGUUUUAUUUCAGAGCUUGUGAAGGCAGAUCAGCAACUUCUGGCAGGACUCAUUGUUACAAAAUUUAUGCACACAAAUGCGUCACUUGGUCUUGUUAAUGUUGCAGAGGCAAGUCUUGGUCGGUUUUUAGAGGUGCAGCUCCAUGGACUACAUGACCCCCUUGAUGAGACACGUUCACAGGAAACCUUGAACAAUGUUGUUUCUAGUUUGAGAGGCAAGUUGGAAAAUCUGAUCCGGGGUGCAUUGUCGUUGCUUUCAACCAAUGCUUGA